AUGGCACGACAACCGACCGGGAGAGAGCUCUCCUACGCCAACAAGAUGGAGGUGAUCCGACACCUAAACCACCUGUCGACCAUGGGCAAGCUUGCUCGUGGAGCGAUCGCUUCCACUGCCUCCCAACUCAACAUCCACCGAACCACCGUCUCCCGUAUCUUGAAGGCCUAUCAACGAAACGCACUGGUGCCAUCGUUAAAAGUAGAUAGUGUCGACCGGCCGCUGAUAUACACACCGGAUCUCGUCACCAGUACUCUCCGCGAACUGCCGCAAUCGCUACGCUCGACAAUGCGCGACAUGUCAGAAGGCACUGGCAUACCACUUGCAUCACUCCAACGGGCCCUGAAAGCAGGAAAGAUUCAACGCUGUAGCACUCACUUCAAGCCUCUGCUGUCCAAAGACAACAAGGAAGAAUAUAUCGCAUUUUGCCGCUCGCGAGAGAAGAUCCGCAAGAAGUAUCUGACGGAGGGUAAAGAGCCUGAGCAGUGCGUCUGGUCAAGCAAGCGCUUCAUCCCCAAGGUCAUGUUUCUGGGCGCCAUUGUAUGUCUUCGGCAGCAAGAUUGGCAUGUGGCCAAUCGUGUAGAACCUAUCUGCUGUGCGCAACUCCCGCAACCUCCGGCGGGAACGAUCGUGCUAACGUUGGUGAACGUGUACACUGUUGUGUAUAGAGACUAUGUGCUCACGCGAGUCAUUCCAGUUAUCAAGGUAAAAUUCCCUACCGUAAACAAGCGUGUUGUGCUUCAGCACGACAAUGCGACACCCCACGGAGGAAUCACCGAUGCUGACUUUGCGUGCAUCUGUGCGAUGACGAGGUACUUGCUAAAAGAAAUGUCGCAAGUAAUUUGGAAAAGUGUGAUUUUGAAAAGUCGGCAGUAA